AUGUUUCCGACGGUGCGCGUGUCGUUCGCUGGCUGCCGGGCGGAGGCGCGGUACGGCGUGCUGCUGGACGUGGUGCCGGUGGACGGCAAGCGCUACCGGUACGCGUACCACCGCUCCUCGUGGCUCGUCGCCGGCAAGGCGGACCCGCCAGCGCCCGCGCGGCUCUACCCGCAUCCCGACUCGCCCUUCUCCGGCGACCAGCUCCGCAAGCAGGUCGUCUCCUUCGAGAAGGUCAAACUCACCAACAACGAAAUGGACAAAAACGGACAGCUAGUACUAAAUUCGAUGCACAAAUAUCAGCCUCGGAUUCACUUGGUGCUGCGACGAGAGGGCGCCGUCAACGCGCCCAUCACCGAUCUCGAACAAGAAGAAUUCAAGACCUUCAUAUUUCCCGAAUGCGUCUUCACGGCUGUCACAGCGUACCAGAACCAGCUCAUCACGAAAUUGAAAAUUGACAGUAAUCCGUUCGCAAAGGGCUUCCGCGACUCGUCGCGUCUCACUGAAUUCGAAAGAUUCUAUAUCACGGGAGAACACGACCGAAUGUCAGUCAUCUCUGACGAGGCGCGCUUCAAUGCAGUCAAUCAUAGGGAGACGAUGGAGUCGAUGCUUGCCGAGCAACACUACCUGCGGUCGCCACUGCGGCCCUUUGACCUGGACCAGCACAACAACAACUUGACUUUGGAGGAGAAGGCGAUCCUGGCGGCCCGGUCGCAGCUGUUCUUGCGCGCGGCGUAUCCGCUGUACGGGGUACCGGCCGCGGCGCUUUGGGGACAGUGGGCCUGUCUGGCGCCGCAACUGUUGGCGCAGCAACAGCUAGCAGCAUCGGGGUCGGGACUGCAGAUGGCGAGACCAGCGUACCCUGCACCUCAUCGUUACUCUCCGUACCCAGCACGACGUUCCCCCCCCGCCUCUUCGCCCGACUCCUCACCGCACGCCACGCAUCCCCCGCACAGCCCUACUUAGUGUUACUCACCUCACUUACCUCUCCCUACAAGUCCCCGUGGUUUGUCUGCGCUUCGGUUAUCUCUGGUAUAAGACUGGCGAGAAGUACAGAUCGUAUCCUGUGUGCUUAGUGCGAGUUUUUUAACGUUCUCGACAGCGUAUAAGUU